CGACCCUUACUACUCUGCACGCAUCAUACAGGACGAAAAACGAUGUGGGCAACGAGGGCACAUCGAGGAUGCUCGUGAAGCUGGGUUUUAACGUCGUCAAACAAUAGACAAUUGGGGUCUUCUUUGUCGAUGCGUUCUCAAGACGAUAAGUUAUUUAUGCGAAUACAUGAGACAUACGACAUACACUAACUUUGCUUAUAGGCAAACCCGCCUAGCUAUGCUUGGUGAUACAAGCCGGCCUCUCGAUUUUCUUCCCAACCUCCUCCGAUCAUACUGGCAGACCUUCUUUUCUGUCUGCUUAGACCUGUCCACUGCUCGUGUCGUCUCAGUUUUUUUAGGGACAGCCUGUCGAGAUUAUGUCCGGUACCUGGAAGAGCGCGGUCGGCGAUUCAAGACCAUUCUCUCGCCAGGCAAUGAUAGCCUGACAGUGGCCAUCGUCGAGUACGAAGACAACGACCAGACGACCAUGAAGCGACUUGCCCAGGUGACAUACCACCCAGAACGCUACGCAAGACAUAAGAAUCUUUCAAUCUCAAACAACACGGAGAUGUUAGCAUUGCGAGAGCGAAUUAUCGACGUCGCAAUGGCUAUGCUGUACGGCGAGGCAAACACGCAAAGACUUUUCUCCGGUUGUUACUACAUCUUCAACAUACCCUCAGUCACAUUUGUGCCUAUGCAGACCCUCCUCUCCAACGGUAAAACGCCUCUCUCUCUUGUCCAAGAAUACUAGCACUAAUCUGAUACAGAUCCCGAAGCCAUUACAACCUGCAUGAAUCUGCCUCUCUUAGACGAUAAUUUGUACAGAAUUAUCACAAACAGGACGAAAAGACUUGAUUCACCGCUUUCCCCAACCGCGAAAGCGGUAAUCGGCUUUUACUAGAUGAGUGCAUCCGAUGCCCUGGCUCGGCUGGACU